AUGAUUAUAUCGUAUCUGGCACGGAUUGUACUACUUUUACCUGAUCUUUCCGCAUCCGAUAAUGAUCGUCUAAUCAAUAUUGCCCGAACAUCACAUGCCCGGUUAGGGCACGUAAAUGAAGUUGGUGCUGAUGGACGUCACAACUACACGGCUUCACAACGAGCACAUGAACCAAGGACCCUCUCCAAAGCCACAUCCACUGCCGACCUUUCUGAUGACGGUGAACUUCUUGCAACUUCAGGAUAUGAACCAGCACGAUCGUAUGACCGGGACCGAUCGUGGAGCUCACGUAAGCCCAGGGACGAUGAGGAAUGUAUCCCCAUCAAUGAUACUCUACGAAAACAUCUUCUACAGAAUGUGCAAUAUUCUGACCACGUCCCCGAGCAUGAGAUGUUGGGUGGGAUAUUGGAUGAAGUUGGUGCCUCCACCCAGUACAACCCCCCACCAGCUAAGCCGACGACACCACCAACAGAUUUGUUAUGUGGGGCUUGA